AUGUCUGCAAAAAGAAAGUCUUUUCCCAACAAAAUCAAAAUCGACGACGAGAUGGAAGAGGAGAGCGCGAGCGACGACAACCGCGACGCCAACGGCCACUCCGAGAGCGACUCCGACAGCGCCUCGUCCUCCGAGCAGAAGGAGAAGAACAAGCGCUCCAUCGACGAAGUGCUGUCGCGCCUCAAGAGGAACAACGCGGUGAUGGCGGACGAGAUGGACGGCGAUCCGGCGGUCGCGAACCAAACGGAGCGCAAACUGAACGAAAUGAUCGAACAGUUGUCGCAAUUGCGGGAAAACCUUCUUCUCAAACAACAUGAGACCAAAUUAGAAAACUCUUCGACGAAUGAGUUGACGGUUGAGUUGCAAAGACACCAAACGGAACAGAUAGAGCGCCAACAGGAACAAUUGGCGCAACAACAGCAGCGCAUCCAACAGCUCCAGGCACAACUCAGCGCUCAAUACAUGUCCAAGAUCAUGCCCAACUUCUUGGGAUCAGCUCUCUUCUCGCCCUUCAUGGACACGACGCAGCUGAAGGCGCGCGCGGCCUUCGACGCCAACAAAUCACCUCCAAUGCAGACAACAAUCGCUCCCAAACCCGAACACAAGUCACACAAGGAGUGCGCGGCCGACCUCUCGAUGAAGGGGCCGAAGCGCGACUCGCAGCCGCUCAACCUGACCAAAUCCAAGUCACCUCAAGUCAACCAAACGCAGUCUCUCAACGGACAGCACUUUCGCAGCCAAUUCUCCUCCCAUUCGCCGCCAAACAUGAUCUCAGCGCAGCUCCAGCAGCCGCCGCCGCCCUUCUUCGCGGCCAACAGCCCCGGCCUGCCGUCGUCGUCGCAGUACUUCCACGCCUAUAACGCGCUGGGAAUGGGCUUCCGCGGGCACAUGGGGCACGAGAUGCAACAAUCGCUGGACAAGCCCUUCAACCCCUUCGUCUCGCUUCUGCCCGACCUGUCGAAACUGACGCCCACGUCUACCAUCUCGUCGUCGCAGCACCAGUUGCAGCACCACCACCAGCAGCAGCAACAGCACGAGCAGCAGCUCAGACUCAGACACGAGUCGCAGCCUCAGGACAACAACCACUCGGAGACGAUCGUCACGUGUCAAAAGAUGGGAAUAGAGAUAAGAAUCGAGAUUUUAUCGCUUCUGAGCUCUGAAUGUCUGAAAUGUUUGCGAAAAAGCAUUAAUUUUUGGUGUGUUUUCGCAGACAAAAUGCUGGGCGCGAAGAUCAUUCGGCAGCAGAAGCGCGACCAGGACGGCAAACCGCACGUGAAGCGCCCGAUGAACGCGUUCAUGGUUUGGGCGAAGGACGAGCGCCGCAAGAUCCUGAAGGCGUGUCCCGACAUGCACAACUCCAACAUCUCCAAGAUCUUGGGCGCGCGCUGGAAGGCCAUGACCAACUCGGAGAAGCAGCCCUACUACGAGGAGCAGUCGCGGCUGUCCAAAGUGCACAUGGAGAAACACCCCGACUACCGGUACCGGCCGCGCCCCAAACGCACGUGCAUUGUGGACGGCAAGAAGCUGCGGAUCAGCGAAUACAAGCAACUGAUGCGCCAGCGAAGGCAAGUGCUAUAGUUCCACAGCGGCUCCGCGUUCGACGCUCUGGACGGCUCGUCGGCGACCAACGGGUUGCCGCUCUUCCCGUCCUCGAGCGACGGCAACGACGACUACCAGAGCCGCUCGCCCUCCUCCUCCUUCUCCAUCGACGACAAGUCGUCGCCGCCGUCGACGCCGCGCGACUACUGUCUGAGCCCGAAGACCGAGGACUGCUUGGACCCGAUGGAGCAGCUGUCGGCCAAUUAG